GCUGCAGAUAUAUCCCCGAUUCGCGAUGGCGAGCUAGCAUCGUCUGCGAGCUUCGCCCCCAAAGCUUAAACCGCCCCGAACUCCGCGUCCAAGACGUCAAGCAAAACUCAACCGCUGUCCCGACGUCGAACCCCCCCACCCCUAGACGCAUCUCCGUCUGCUUCGUCAAACCCCCAAUUGACUGCUAGACGCCCGCCCGCUUCUCCAUCCCAACGCCCGCCCGGCGCAGUUGAAGCCCCAUCUUUGCCGUCGUCGUCGUAGUUAUCAUCGCCCAUCAUGGCUACCCUCACGCUUCGCAACCUCACGAUCCAUCCCCUCGAGCUCGUCAAGGUCGAGCGCUUCGAGGGCGAGCGCGUCGCCUCCGGCGGCGGCCUGCUUAGCAACGUCACCGGCGCCGUCACCAACUUUCUCAAUGCCACGGAGCAUCAAUCGCACGAGACGCGCGCCAAAGGCGGCCCCAUCGACUCGCGCGACCUCUCCGUCCGCAUCGAGCCCUUCACCAUCAAUUCGGACACCGACGUCCGCAGCCCCGAUGAGGCGGCCCGCGAGGUCAUUCGUCUCACCUUCCAGACCGAGGGCCACCGCUAUGAGGCCGACGUCCCCACGCCCUCGAGCCGCUCCGCCGUCAUGAAGAAGCUUGACGACGGGCCGCAUGACCUGACGGCUGUCUACGUCUCCAACGGUGCCCUCCUCGCCGUCUUCUCGUCGGCCCGCCUCGAGGCCUGGAUGAGCGAGCUGCACAACGACUGGCCCCUAACCCUGCUCUCCAUCCCCGGCACCCACAACUCGCCCACCUGCCACAAGGCCUUGCCCUCGGUGCGCUGCCAGGCCGUUGGCGUCCCCGAGCAGCUGCGCAACGGCGUCCGCUUCCUCGACAUCCGUGUGUCGGCCAACCCGGACGACGACGCCCUCGCGCUCGUCCACAGCGCCUUCCCCAUCUCCCUUACCGGCAACAAGUACUUUGGCGACAUGCUCGCCGACAUCUACCGCUUCCUCGACGAGAACCCGAGCGAGACGGUCAUCAUGAGCCUUAAGCGCGAGGGCACCGGCAAGGGCACCGAUGGCCAGCUGGGCAAGUACCUCAAGCACAGCUACGUCGACAAGACGCGCGACAAGUGGUGGACCGAGCCCAAGAUCCCCACCCUCGGCCAGGCCCGCGGCAAGAUCGUCAUCGUCCGCCGCUUCGCCCUCGAUGACGACAUGCGCCAGGCCUGCUGGGACGGCCGCGGCUGGGGCAUCGACGCCCAGCAAUGGCCCGACAACUGCGAGGACGGAACCGGCGGCGACGGCAACUUCCGCAUCCAGGACUUUUACGAGAUCACCGAGAGCCAGAACAUCGAGAAGAAGAUCUCGUAUAGCCGCGGUCAGCUCGAGCGCGCCGCCGAACAGGUCUUUGCCCUCGCCGGCAUGGAGGGCCACCAGCCCGACGCUCCGACCCCGCCCUUCUUCAUCAACUUCCUCAGCGCCAGCAACUUCUUCAACGCCACCUGCUGGCCCGAGCGCAUCGCCGCAAAGGUCAACCCCGCCAUCGUCGAGUACCUCUGCAUCAACCACGGCGAGCACGACAAGGGACCCAACAAGCUCAGGGUCGGCGACGCCGGCACCGGUAUCGUCAUCACCGAUUGGGUGGGGGCCAACGACAACUGGGACCUGAUUCGCUGCAUUGUUGGCAUGAACGCCCGGUUGCAGCUCAAGAAGUAGGGCGGUCGCGAGGCGCAAAGGCUCGACUUGAGCCGUGUUGGAUGCAAUCUAGAAGAUACAAAGUCGAACAUGUACAUGAGACACAGUCAAAAGGACGAACAACAAGAUAGAUCUGGGCGAGACGAAUUGAAUUGAGUGCUAAGCUUCUAUGCAUAUCCGCUCGCUCGAUCAACGGAUCAAAUCAUCUGUGCGACGCCGUAUUAGCAACGGCAAAGCAACAAGCGCUGUGACGAAUGAAGGUGCUCGAGAACGCCAUAUCAGUUCUCCAAGGUGAAAAUGGUGUACAUCACGAUGAACUCAGCCAAUGAUAGAACAG